AUGCCUUUGGUCCCAGAUUUUGAUCUUUACGAGGCUUUUGAGGUCCCCAAGGAUGCAUCCGCACAAGAUAUCACAGCGUCGUACCGUCGACUAGCAAGAGUCCACCAUCCAGAUAAGAAUCUUGACAAUACCAAUGCCACUGCCAAAUUUCAAAAGGUGCAAGCUGCUUACGAAAUACUCUCUGAUGAGCGUCAACGCAGAGAGUAUGACCAACCAGUUCUUUCCAACCUAUCUAGUGGAUUCGGAGAGCAGUACCACCAACGAGAAAACUAUGAGUAUGAGUAUGAUGAGAUGGAGGAGAUGAUGUUCGACCAGUUUUUCCGCAUGUUCUUUACUCGCGCAUCACGAAGACCCAGCUAUGACCGAUAUGCUGAGUUCGAGGCUGAAAUGGAGCGUAUAGAACGCGAAGAUAAAUUGAGGAGAGAAGCAGAGGCUGCCUGGGAAGCUAACCAAGCUGCUGCCCGACUCGAAAGAGCGAGGCGAAACGCUGCCGAAAAGGCCAAACGUGACGCCAAAGCCGAGGUAAGGAAAACAACGGAAGACGCUGCAGCUAGUCUGAAAGAGAAGAUUGAGAUGGAAUAUAAGUUGAAGAUGGAACUCAUAUUUUCUGCCAACGGUUGUGUCACGGAUGCUGAGAAGCAAGUAUGCUGCGAGCAUUGUUCUUUUUGGCCAAAGGAACAAAUGAAGAAGAAGUUCAAUUGCUUGACUUGUGGCCAGAAGAGAGGCAUGACACAAUAUAAAUGCCCAUACUGCGCCUUGAUCAUCUGUCAGUUGUGUCUUAGUGCAAAACGGUUCACAAAGAAACUCUAG